GAACUGUUUUAGUAUAAGAAUGGGUGCCUGGCUAUGUUAAUUUCAUUCUUCGAGUCGCCAUCACCAAGAAUAGAAGGUAUCAUGGCUUUCAAGAAUAUCUUUGUGGUUCUUUUCGUUGGUACCAUCAUCCAGUUUGUGGCCGAUGCCCAGGAGUGUAGCUUGAGAGAAUCUGUUGGGGCACUUCUUGAAAGUUGUAGUGCGUUGACAGCAACGCAAUGUCCAGAUGGCUGGGAACGGUCUAAGAAGACCGGUUCCUGUUACUACUAUCUCCAAGAAGAAAUGUCGUGGAACAAUGCUAGAACAGACUGCAGGAAUAUGGGAGGAGAGUUGGCUAGUCUGACUAACAGGGAAGAGAUUGGCUUUGUUCAAGACUACAUUCUAUCUAUCAUUGGUUCAGCUUCCUGGAAGAACGUCUGGAUAGGGAUCAUGCGGGACGGUAACAAAUGGCGAUGGUUGGAUGGAAGUGAGCUCGCCAUACCCGCCAAAGCAUUUUGGUAUCCCGGCGAACCAAACAACGCGAGCGGUGGAGAAAACAUCGGGGAGUUGUAUGCCUCCGGGCUCAUCAACGACGAAUCUCAAACAAGUAAAACACGACCCGCUAUCUGCGAGAUGACGAUGUAAACAACAACAUCAUCAACCAGGCAUGGCAUCAACAACAACAUCAUCAACAAAAACACGUGAUCACAAUAUCGUCGUAUUUCAUUCCAAGAAUCCAGGGUUCGACCAAUAAAAGGCAGCAUGUCAUUCUGUGUGGCAUCCCAAAUAUAUUGUCCUUCGUGUUUAUGUUUAAUAGUUUGGGGAAAUCAUGGUGAAAUUAAAUCAAAUCGUUAAUGCGUCUUUGAAUCCUUAAUCCGUUGCUAAGGCAUAUAUGCCAGGCUAGUUGUGAAAUGAAUAUGAUACCUGGCAAAAGAUAAGUGGUUAAAUAAAAGCUGUUGAGUUCGAUGUAUCAACUUUUACUUAGUAAACAAUGGACAAAAAUAAAUUUCAAAAUGUUAGAACCUCUAUGUAAAAAGCUGUUAAUCCAGCUCAUUAUAAUUUCUCUCCUAAAUGUUCUUCAGCUGUAAUUUUAUAUCUAUUUCAUUCAGCAGUUGAUCAUAAUGACCCUCAACAUGUAUUCUCAGAUAGGCAUAUCAUUUAAUUUUGCAAUAGUUGAAUAAAAUCAUAGACCAUAGAUCAUAGACUUUGUUUCCCUUUUUACUGUUUUAGGAAUUGCGUUCUUCAUAGUAUACAGGCUAUCGUUUUCAAGUAAGAAACCCAGUAAUCAGUGAGAAUUAAAAAAAAAAUGAUUUGACGCAGGUGCAUGUAUUUUUCUUUCUUUCUUCUUUGGCAGUUUAGUUGUUGUUGCCUUGUUUUGGAGUAUAUGUGCUUAAAAGAAAGGUUGAAAAUAUGUAUCUUCAGAAUCAGAAUUAAAACUAAAUCAAUAUUUCAGUCAAUCACAAACCAUAAUGGUCUGCACACUGGCGGAUUCAGGGGGGGGGGGGGCAAAGCCGGCCUGUGCCCCCCUUUUGAGAGGCACAGUUAAAAUUUGUAAUGUAAAAAUGCCGUUAAAACUUUAGUGUGCCCCCCUUGGAAGUGAAGACUUUUUUUUGCUUGCUUGUCCAAUUGUUUCGUGGACGAAAUAUCCUUAAUUUUUUUAUUAUUAUUUUUUGCUUGUCAAAGUUUCCUCGGAAAAAAAUAAAAUGUGCCCCCGGCCCUUUUGGAAAAUCCUGGAUCCGCCCCUGGGUCUGGAUGACUUUAGAUCCAUGGAUUUAAGAGUGUAACAAAAUUGAUAUUUUUGAAACAAAAUGAGACCUUUAUAUAAAUAAGAUCUUUAAAUGAUCAAUGAUGUAACACC